AUGAUUGGCUCGCUGGCGUAUUGUAUAUUGGGUACGUUGCUGGUAGGUGCGGUUGCGCAAGACACGACGGUGCCCCAGAUCGGUGUUGACGACAGCUUAUGGUAUCCGUACGACGAAACGCUGCUCUUGAAACCGCUGCCCAACAAUGAUUUACUGCUUUCAUUCACCUUCCAAUUGCAGUCGGAACCGUUCGACCCGGCCGUGUCGUCGCACUCGUUUGAUGCGUAUGAGUACUACACGACUUUCCCCCGGGCCAUCCCACCUUUGUUGGAGUCCACUGCCACGCGUCAGUUCCAUCUACGCUUCACCAGAGGGUUCUGGGAUGCUCUGUCAUGGGGCCAGUUGCCGCAUGGUGGGAAACAGGCAGGUGCCUCAGGUGUGGAGUUGUGGUCUUUGGUUCAGGCUGCUGACCAGGAACAGGCCUUCCAGAAUUGGAAGAAACUCGCUAAUUCCUUGAGUGGAUUGUUCUGCUCCUCUUUGAAUUUUGUAGAUGAGUCCAGGACGACUUUCCCCCGCCGGUCGUAUGCAUCUGGUUCAGCGUCUCCUCUUUUCAACGACACUGAAAACCUGUACUUGAUGAGAGCGUCCUUGCCCAAUGAGCCCAUCUGUACCGAGAACCUGACUCCAUUCAUAAAGUUAUUGCCUACUAGGGGGCAUUCCGGUUUGACGUCUCUCUUGGACGGUCAUAAGCUGUUUGACUCUCUUUGGAACAGUAUCUCGUUGGACAUCACCACCGUUUGCACCGAAAACGGCGAUUCGCUGUGCCACUAUGAGAUGGAAGCACACGUCGACAUGGCCACGCACGUUCCCUCUGCCUUAGCAAGGAAUGAGAGACCCAUCCCUAAACCUCUGGACGGGAACUCCUUGCGCUGUGACAUGGAUAAGCCAUUUGAUUCCUACCAAUGCUUCCCCCUACCGGACCCUUCAGAGACUCACUUGAAACUGUCUCAGCUGUUUUCCAAGCCAAUUAAGAACGGAAAUUUGUUUGCUAAUAGGCCAACGAAGAUAUGUGCAGACGUGGACCGCUCCACUUGGACAGCGCACUUGUCCGUGGAUGACACAAUAUACAGCACGCACGAUAAUUGUUUCGAAUUGUCGAAUGACCAGAAUGAAAGUGGUUCAGGUUACGACUUCAUUUUGGAAUCAUCGGAUACCACUCAAGUCUCCCCUGUAGACCCUGUUCCUAUUCAUGUGGGCAGAUCCCUGACCGGCAACGGUCAAGACCGUGGUGGGAUUCGUACUGCCUUCCACAACGAUAACGAUACCCCUGUGAAGUUGAUAUAUUUCGAAUCGUUGCCAUGGUUCGUCAGAGUUUACUUAUCCUCUUUGCAAAUCACUUCCACAACCUCUUCACACUUGCAAGAGGACGAUAUCAUUACGGAUAAAUACUAUCUCCAAGCGGCUGAUAGACAAAGGCCCGCUCAUCUGGAAUUCACAAUGUUGAUUCCAGCCCAUUCGGACAUCGUCAUGACUUAUCAAUUCGAUAAAGCUCUUUUGCAGUUUGCCGAGUACCCACCAGAUGCUAAUCACGGUUUUGAAAUUGAUGCUGCGGUGAUUACCGUACUGUCACCAGAAUCUGAAGAACCUGUGUACGAAACGAGAACCUCCACUCUGCUGUUAUCUCUAUCUACACCGGAUUUUAGUAUGCCGUAUAACGUCAUUAUUUUAACAUCCACCAUAAUGGGGCUCAUAUUCGGUAUGUUGUACAACCUAAUGGUGAAGAGAAUAGUCACUGUCGAUGAGGCUGAUAAAAUUAUGUUAAAUUCCGGUUUGAAGUAUAAACUGUUAAAACUGAAAGAAAAGCUCUUGAAGACGAAACAGACUAAAAUCGAUUAG